AUGGAUUUAAUACAAUCAAACAAAGAAAUUAUACAUAAUUUCAUUGAAGAUUAUGAUGAUGAUUUUAAAGGUGUUAAUAACUCCACCAUUACUACUACUACUACUACUAUUACUACUGAUGAUGAUGAGGAGGAGGAGGAGGAGAAGGAGGAGGAGGAAGAGGAAGAAGAAAACAAAGAAAGGAAAGACAGUGAUAUAAAUUUUAUACAACGACUUGGCAUUGAAUUACAAAAACGUAUUGGUCUAUUACCUAAAGUUGAAAUAUUUUCAUUUAUAUUACGUAAUAUACCUAAAAAAUUAAUAAGAAUAUUAUGUGUUAAACCAAAAUCUUAUACAGAAAUCUCACGUACAAUAAGAGCAGCAAGAACAAUGAAAUUAAUUAUUAGAGCUUAUAGCCAUUUAUCAUCAUCAUCAUCCUCAUCCUCAUCAUUAUCAUCAUAUAACUUAUAUGAUACAAAUAAUACUGUAUUCAUUGAUUUAUCAGAUUUAUCUGAUUCACCAAGAAUUGAAUUCAUCAAUAAAAAAUGUCCAAUUAAUGGAAAUGAAUUAAAUGGUUUAAAAUUAUUAUCAUGUGUUACUAUGAAUGAAUUAAUUAAUUAUCAAAUUAAUCAUAAUAUUGAAAUUAAUCAAUUUAUUGAUUCAUAUUCAAUCAAUAAUACAAUCAUUGGUACCAUUUUAUCAACACAAUCAAAUUUAUAUAAUCCAUAUAAUGAUUUAAUGAAUGAAAUAAUUUCUAUACGUAUAAUUAAUUGUCAUGGUGAUUUAAUUGAAUAUUCAAAUCAAAAUGAAAUUUUAGCAGCUAUUUCAAAUUUAGGAUUAUUAGGUGUUGUUUAUGAUAUAACACUUAGAUAUACACCAAUUACAUUAACAAAAGUGAAUUAUCGAUUUUAUAAAUGGUCAUAUUUAUUGAACAUUGAGAAUAAUAUACUAAAAGAUGCUAUAACAACUAAUCAAUCCAUUGAACUAAUCUAUUUACCAUAUAAUAGUUGUCGUACUAUUUCUAUUAAACCAUCAAAUCUUGAUUCAAAUCAAUUGAGUACUAAUGACAAUAAUAAUACUGUUGCUGAUACUGCUGUUGUCGAUGAUGACAAUGAUGUUGAUGAUGAUGAUGAUAAUAUUGAUGGAUCCGUAGAUUUAAAAAAUUGGAAUAUUGAAGAAGAUGAAUUAUUGUUACGUACAACAAAACGUUGUUCACAAAAUAAUUAUGAUGAUCAUAUUACUAGAGAAAUAAAAAAUAAUAAUCAUAGUAAUAAUAAUAAUGGUAAUAAUAAUGAUCCUUCAAUUUGUUAUGAUUCUGAUCCACAACAAUUUGUUUAUUUGUUGGAUCAAGUAUUUGGACCAUUCAGUGAAGAAUUUAUUGAACAACCAGAAAAUACACCAAAAUUAUUGAAAAGAGCACAUCAUUAUUUAAAGUGUAAAUAUUGUCCACAUCCGACAAUUAUUCAGUAUACACCAUGGGCAUUAAAUUCAUUUGGUAAAUUUAGGGAACCACUAAGAAUAUUAAAAUUUACUAUGGAAACAGACUUUGAAUUAAAUCGAUUUACAUUAGCGAUUCAUACAAUCUUAAACAUACUUCAUAAAUUAGCCAACAAUGAAAUGCCAAAUUAUUCAGUUAAUCUUGGUCUACGAAUACAAUUUACACGUGGUACUUACAAUGGUCAUCUGUUAGGUGUUGGUUUAGAAAGUGAUGAACAAAAAUUAGGUCGUAAACAUUUACUUUUAGCACAUAUCACAUUUAUGGGUUUAACAGGAAAUGGACCAAACAAACUAUGGAAUGAUGCAGCUAAACAAAUUAUUUUAACUAUGUUAACUAAAAUACCAACUUGUAUGCCACAAUGGAAAACAGAAUGGCAUGCUAAACAGAUUUUACUCAAUAAAUUUCGUGAAGCAUUUAAACAAACAAGUGAACCAUUUAAACAAUUAAUUACUUUGGCCGAUCGUGAUGGAAUGUUUAUGAAUAAAUAUUUAGCAUCCAUUUUUUAUUCAAAAUCAACAUUCUAUCAUAAUUUAUAUCAAUCUCAAAGAAAUGAUUACUUGGCAACUAUUUAA